CUUGUUUUGGUCAUGUUGAUGGUUUGUGUUUCAAAAAAGGUUUUCAUUGCUUUAGAAAUUGUUUCUGGACAUACAAAGAGGGUUUUUAACCUUCCUGAAUGAGAUAGAAGCAGGAAGAAGCGGUCGUACUAUUUGUUAAUCAAACCGUAUUCAGCUGAACAUCGUCCUUGUAAACAAGAUGGAGGACCCAAGGUUCACACGUGUUGCCCAAGAUCCUCGCUUCAAAGUGAGUAACUAUCUACUUAAUAUCCUUCAUUAACGUGCCGGUUUAUUCUUUAUCCAUGAAAUAAGAAGAGAGUUUGUCUGAAAUCGUACUGAAUACUGAAUGUCUUCCAGUUCAGUACUGUGUAUGUCAUGUUUCAUUGUCAAAAAGCGUAAAAUGCUUUUUAUCCCCGGUAAUUUUUUGUUUUGUUUUUGGGUAUGGUAGUGUAUGCUAAUGACGUUGAAACAAAGGAAAAAUAAAAAUAACCUGAGAUGAAAAUUUACUACUACAUACAUAUUGGAUAAUAAUCAUUUUUUUCUACUUGUUUGUUGAUACUUGAUUGCUGGAAAUUUUGGUUUAAUCUUAAUUUGUUUCUCUUUUCAGAAAAUCUCCCGUAAAGAGAGGAAACUUAAGAUCGAUGGACGGUUUGAGAAAAUGUUUACAGAUAAAAGCUUCACGACAAAAUGUAAGUAAUAAAGAGAGGUCUUUUGACUUUAAGGGUAUCCUGUGGCAUCUUUAGAAGAAGAAAAAAUACAAAUUAUAAAGUGUAAAAUAUCAAUAUGUUGUAAUGUAAAUAUAUUUUUACCCACAGAUUUUGUUGACAAACGUGGCUCAAGAGUUGAGAAAACAUCAACAGAAGAUCUCCACAGAUUUUAUGAAAUGUCUGAUGAAUCUGAUAAAGGUAGGAUUUCCACUGCCAAUGAAAGUAUCACCAACUAAAUAACUUACUGGUAAACUUUUUAGUCUUGCCUUAAAAAUGAACAUAUUUGUUGUCUGGUUUUGUAGAAGAUGAGGAUGAGGAAAUUCAACCAAAAGAAAAGGAAAUAAAGGAAUUAACAGAGAAAAAAGUGGCAAAGAGGUGCUUAAUGAAGACCAUCAUUUUCAAUUUACUAUACUUAAUAAAAGUGAUGUCUUGUUAAGCCUUUUACUUCUAACAGUAACUGAUGUGAUAAUUGGCAAUAAUUAACAAUUAUUCUUCAAGCCCGAAUGGGCUCUGAAUGGGCUAUUGACUUAGAGGCAAUGAGGGCGAGAGGAAUAAUAAUUAUUGUUUUGGUAAGAUCCAACUAGUUGGUCAAAAAUAUCGAGAAUAAAAAAAGUGUAGCUAGUUAAAGCUAGCCUUUAAUCCUUUUUUGCCACCAAAAAGCCCAUGCUUUUUGCUACUAGUGGCUAUAACAUAUAACCUAGUAGUAGCUCAACCAAUCAGAAUGCAGCAUUGAUAAUAAACCACUAGCUGGAUUUUACUAAUUCUCAAUAUCUUCUUGUUAACAGCUAAACAAAAAGCUAAAGUAAUGGGUCCAUGAAGAAAAAUGUUUGUGGCUUAAACAAUGACCAAAGCAUUUGUCAAAGAGUUAAUGAAAUGUCAGCAAGCUAAUAUUGUUUAAUAUCAUUAUUGCCAUUGACACCAAAGUUUUUUUUAGCAAAUCUAAGAAAGAAAAGGCAGUUAAAAAAGAUGGCAGGAAAGUGAAAAAGAAACUACAAAUGAUGGAAAAUGAUGAUAACAAAGGGGUGGGUAAGAAAAGUUCAAAAAAGGUAAGAAGCAAGAAGGAAGAUGAAGAUGAGAAUGGCAGCAGUUCAGAGGAGGAUAUAGAUCUCAGCAGGGGAGAAGGAGAUGUUCAAUCGUCUUCUGAAGAAGAGGAUGAAGGGCAACUAAAGUUGAAAAUAAAAGAGGUGAGUAUAUAUUAUUACCUACUGUUGUAACAUUACUAUCAGGCAAAAAUCUACACCAGUUUUUACAUUUUAUGGAAAAUGGGCAGAUUUCUCAGAAUCAUUAUUUUAAUUUUUUUUUCAAAUAAAAGAAAAUUUCAAAUUCUCUGGUACUGAGACACUCAGUCUAUGGUGAAUGUUCUACCAGAGUAAAUCAAAGACCCUCUUCUGAGUAAAGCUGAACCAAGAAAAGGUACUCAAGGGAGUUAAAUCUGAAAACUUUCCCAAACGUCCCUUGGCACUUGAUGUUUCAGAAAACAAUCACUAUUUUUCUUAGAUCUGCUUGUGAUUAUUUAUGGUACCAUGACAGAUUCCAGCUAGUUGGUUGGUUUACCAGUUCCUUAAUCUUAAAAUAUCAAGGCCACUAACCUUUAACUAUUAUUAUUGUAUAAUUAAUGUUUAUUGAUAUAACAGGAUGAAAUUGAGCACCCAUGGGGUGAAAUGGAUGUUUCAACAAAAACAACAAAAGAUUCAACAAGACGUCUUGCGGUGUGUAACCUGGAUUGGGACAGAGUAACGGCAACAGACCUGUUUGGUAAGUUACAUACUCAGGUUUCUCUUCCUCUCUUUAUCUUCCUUCAUUUAGUGUUAUUUGAUGCAAGAUAUGUGUAGCAGGGACUCUCAGACUGGACUACAUGUACAAGUUAUUUUAAUGCCUGUAUUGAACAAAUGACUUAUUUCGUUGCUGCUGUUUUAAUUAAUCUGGUCUUUUGAUUAUUUCUUAGUGUUGUUUAAUUCCUUCAAGCCUAGGGAUGGUGUCUUAAAAUCAGUCAAGGUAACUUAAAUAUUUUAUCAACUUCUCCCCACUACUUCUGUAGGAAAUGAAUAGGAACAGCAAAUGAGAAUUCAAAUUUUGAUCUUAGGGUUUAAAGGGUUAAACUCUACUCUUUGUUCUAGAUAAGAGGAAGUCUUUCUUCAGGCCUGCAGUUUACGCAUGCAAUUUCUUUUGCAAUAAUAUUUUUCUGGUGCUCAAAGUCAUAAAAUUAUUGCAGUGUAAACUAGUAGUGAUUUUUAGUGCAGUUGGUCACUGUGAACAUUGUGAAUGAAUGACACUUUAUUUUAGUAGGGCAUAUAAUAAUAUUACAGUCAGACUGUAGUCUCCCUUAUGGUCCUAAAAUACAACAAGUAUACAAAUAUUACUAAAAUCCUUAAAUGCUUAAUACUUAAGUACUAAGAGUUUAAAGAUAUUAAAUAAUAAAAUAUCAACUUCUUUAAAAAACUAGAAAAGUUAUGUCAAUUCUAAAGCUCUCAAGUGUGAAUUUACAGUAAGUCAUUUUACAGUUAUGUUGCUACCUCAAUAGUUUUUCUGUAAUAACAAUAAAUAUUUACUAGAGUAUUUUGUUUCCACUGCAGAUUUAUCCUUCUGAUUAUGGCUUGGAACAAAUGCAAAAAGAGGAGUGCCUUGGACCUGUUGAACUAAAAGAUGAUGAAAAUGAAAGUGAAAACAUGGGUGAAAAUGGAAAUACAGAGGUAAGAUGUAAAGAUUUUUGGUCUUGCUUGGCAUACUGAACAGAGUCAAACUAAUUUGAGAGGAAAUCCAAUUUAUUAUGACAUGCGACCAAUCUCUUUCUUAAUCCCUCAGGGCUCAGGGUUUUCCAUGGAGAAACUUCGCCAAUACCAGUUAAACAGGCUUAAGUAUUACUAUGCAGUGAUGGAUUGUGAUUCACCAGGUAUGGCUUAAUAGGGGUAGGAAAGGUAUACAUAUAAAAGGCCCUCACCAGACUCUGUGAGACAGUGCUACAUAAAAGCCCAGCUAUCUUAUCAUGCAUACCUGGAGACACAGUGCAGAGGAGUAGGCUGGAUAGCUGUAACCCUUCAGCAAACACCAGAGACCAGGCUGUUACCUGAUGUAGUCGGGGCAGGGCUUGUUUUCUCAGCCACCAGCAUCCUUGCUUUCACUAGGCAGGGACCUUUUACCUCCUGAACUCUUUGUUUGCAAACCCAAGCCAUGAGAUAGAGGACACAAAUCUUUUCCCUUCAGCUGAUGAACAAAUAGCCCACUAAAUAAAAUGUGUUUAACUUACAUCUAACUUUACAAACUGUGUAAUUAAACCCUUAUGAAAAUGUAAACUCUUACACACACAGAACACAUAUUUUUCAUGACUAGAUUGUAUUUCACUAUUACAUUGUCAAAGCUGUCGGUAACAAAAGCUCGUUACAAAAUUAGCGUAUUAUAAUUCAACUAUAUAGCUUGGGAUAAUUAUUUUCGAUGCAUAGCAUUGUUGCAUAUUGGACAAUUUUUGAGUAACCACUUUUCCUUUUUUAUGUCAGGGACUGCUGAAGUUCUGUAUGAUGAAUGUGAUGGAACAGAGUUUGAACUGAGUGGUAAUAUACUUGACCUUAGGUAUAUCCCAGAUGACAUGGAGUUUGACCAUGAACCACACUCAGUUGCCACAGGGAUACCAGCCUCAGGGAUGUAUAGUGCCCCAGAGUAAGUAAUCAAAGUGCCUGAGAGUUUGUUAAGUUAAUCCUAAUAUCAAGUAAUGAACUCCUUUACGAUGGAGUCCAUAGUGUCAGGGACUAUGCUAAUCACCUCAAUUUAUUAGGCCCGAAAAGUUUUCUCCACUUUUGAUGACGGGUUUGUGGAUUGAAUGUUUUAAUUUACUUUGAUUUUUUCCAGGUUUUCUACGACAGCACUUCAUCAAACAAAUGUAAAGCUGACUUGGGAUGAAACCGACCCUGGGCGGCAAAGAGCAACCAUGAGGAAAUUCAAAAAGGAAGAUUUGCUAGAAAUGGAUUUUAAUGCAUACCUUGCUUCUUCAUCAGAUGAAGAGGAUAAAAAAGAUGGUGAUGAAAAAAUGAAUGAGGAUCAGGAGUCUUCAGACAAUGAAGACAAGAAAAUUGACAAGUACAAGGUGAGAUGUUAGUAAGUUUUUUUUGCUUCUUCUCAAAGUCCUUAAGUGAAGAAUCUGCCAGGUGAAAGAAACAAAAAAGACAGCUCUCGAAUAUGUGGGAAUUCUGAGUUUUUAAGCUCAUUUGAGUCUGUUUUGUUGAGCCUCUAUGUGUGAAUACUGGAGCAGAAGUAACCAUUUGUCAUAUGUUGGGAAAAUGCGAGGAAAAUUCACUGAGUUAUUAACAAGUUUUUUUAGUUUCUUCCAACAUUUCUUUUUUCUUUGGGUGAAGACAUUUGCUAUAUGUUUAUCAGUUUUUACUCUAAGGAGGAGAAUGGAUGCAAGCUUUGGGUGCUGUGAUUUCUGGGAUUGUUUUUGGGGUGGGUGAGGCAUUAGUUAUGAUUGGUCAGUUGUAUUCAAGGCAACCAUCAACCAAUCAUAAGUAACCCCUGUCCUAAUGAUCCCAGAAAUCAUUUUGCGGAAAGCUUGCACCCAUUCCCCUUAAAAUUUCUGGAAUGAGGAGUAUGUGCUCACUGGAUCUGAAUGCUGAAAAGGUCUAUCGCAUUUUAACAAUUAUUUUACUUCUCAGCUGUUUUUUUUACACUUUUUUGUUUAAAGCAAUUGCUGAGAGAGAUUGAAGAAAAAGAUCGCGAGGCGGACAGAGAACAAGAAAUAGAGAUCACUUGGGAACCAGGCCUGCAAGAAGCCACAGAGGGCUUGGUGACGAACAAGAUGAAAGAGAAAGAGAGAAAGGAAAUGACACCAUGGGAAACAUAUCUACAAAAUAAAAAAGACAAGAGAAAAGAGAAACAAACGACAAAAGAUGCAUCAAAGAAGCAGUAAGUUACAAAUACUUCAGUAUGAUUUCCACUUUUACUCCCUGGGGGUGGAAUAAGUCAAAAAAAGUCAGAUGAGGUCCUUUAGAAACCAGUUCAUCAGCAUCUAAAUGGCCAAUAUAUUUUCCCUACAACUUUGUGGCAUUCAUUGCAAAACAGAAUCUAUUUGUGAGAAGAACAUUUGUUUACGUCAUUCUUUACGCAGUUGAUUUUUUGAAUUUUUUUUAUCCUAUUACUACUUAAUUAUCAGAGGGUAUAUAAGUUUUGGAGCCCUUUCAAUGUUGUGGUCUUAACGAUGGAUUGUUACUUAAGUGCAUGUGAAUCAAGCAGAAAAUAUAAACGAAGAUAUUCCUGUAACCCAACAUUUCACGAUUCUGUUUUGAACCUAUUACAACUUAUCGACUGGAAAACGAGUUUAGCUUCACAGGUGUCUAGAUAGCUUUUUUGAAACCUCUGAUAAUUAUCUUGUGUUGUGCUUCAGGAUAUCAGAGAAAGAGCCUGACGAAAGUUACGAGAGUUUCACAGAUGUUGACGUGUCAGAUCCUUUUUUCAGUCAAGAAAUUGAUUUUGGGUUAACCAAAGGUGACAAGGCAUCUGCUAAAACAAAGAAAAAUCGAAAACGAGCCAGGAAAGAAACUGAGGAGGAUAAAAAAGCGAAGGUGAAUGAAUAGUUAUUACUCUUUUCAGCCCUAUCAUUCCUCGGAAAAUCAAUGCCAACAUUCCCAAAACUUUUUUCUCGAUAUCUGAAUCGUUGUAGACUCUUUCGCAGAAGUAUACCUCUACUGUUUGCAAUAACGGUGCCUGUAAGUACAUAAUACCUAUUUUAUAAUUUGUACCAUCGCUGAGCCUUCAAUCGGUAAAAACAAAUUGUGUUACGAUCACACGUAUAUUUGAGUUCGUUUGCGAACGUAUUCGUUACUGCAGUGAUAACAAGAAAUACUGUUAAGUUAAAUGCUUGUUUCAAAAAGUAGAGUUAUGUAGAAUAUUCUGAAGGUGUUUUGGGUUAACCAACCAAAUUUUAGUUCACUCAAUUUUCAUGUUUUGAAUUAAUUUCCUGUUUCACUUGAUUUGUUUCCGAUUAAAGGAGGAACUAGAAUUACUUUUAAUGGAAGACAAGGACGACCGACAGCAUUUUAGUCUGAAAGGAAUAAUAGACAGUGAAAAAAGGAAAAGUAAGAAGAGAAGGAAAAGAAAAGCAAACCAAGAAGAAAUUGUGGAUGAUAACUUUAACGUGAACUUGAAAGAUUCGAGAUUUGAUGCGUUGUUCACUUCACAUCAUUUUGCUGUGGACCCGUCAGAUCCCCAGUACAGGUAGGAUGUGUCAUAACUUGGGUGUCCUGUGCAGUACCUGAUGUGAAUUUGACAUUUAGCUACAGAUCUGUUGUCGGACCCUACUGCGCUUGCGUCGUGUUCCGCUGAGAGACAGUAGAGUCAUAAAUUAGAAUUGUUUCCGCUUAUCCGAAUAACACUCGAGUAUUCAAGACCAAAAGUGUUGCACAUGCGCAAAUUUGCGAAAUUGAAAGACGCUCUAAGCGCAAGCCCAAGUACAGGUCACCGCUGCGUCUUUUUUUGAGGGAGCAAGUAAACAGCAGUAACCUUUUUCCAAUUUUCUUGUGGCACUUGAAGGAGUAGCCAAUGCCUGACGAAACCAUAAGAAGGUCUGCGUAGGCGAUUGAAGGAGGGGAGACGGAAAUUGUCUCGUAGCCUGAUUCCAUAGGAAUCAUCUCAAACAGACUGCCUUGCCAAGUAGCACAAGACCACAAUAGGAACUGAAGCACACACUACCAACUCUGCAGUAUGGCCAGUGCCUUACGCAUGCGCACAUAUCACCAUAUCACCCCAGCAGUGGCAGCCAUGGACAGCUGUUUCGUCCUUGUUGGAACUCUUCAGCAUGGCAUAGCCAGCACGGUCUCUCUUAAGAUCACAGACCCUGCCUUUUAUUGUGGUCUUGUUUGGCAAGUAGUCGUUGUUUUGCGCAACUUUUACUGACCGGUGACUAGUGAUCUACUUGUGGAAAGAAAUUGCCAAUAAUAUUUAGAUAGCUAAUAGAAGUGUCUGUUAACAGGAAAACUAAGGCUAUGAAAACCAUUAUUGAAGAGAGACAGAGAAGAAGAGAGACUGAAGGAAAAACCGACCAGGCAAAAGGUGUAGAAGGUGAGUAAGAAGGUUAGGUUUGAAAGUUAGGCCUUUUUUACGUUCGUUGGUUUCCUGUUUCGUAAAAUGCUGAAUACUUUUUUCGUGACGUUAUAAGGUGAUAUGGUGACGACGAAGGUGAAGAUGAAGGUGAUGAUGAUGAUUAUGAAGAUGAUGAAGACGACGACGACGACGACGAUGAUGAUGAUGAUGAUGAUGAUAAAGAUAAUCGUAAUGAUGAUGAUGAUGAGGAAGGUGAAGAUGAUGAUGAUGAGGAAGGUGCAGAUGAAGAUGAUGAGGAAGGUGCAGGUGACGAUGGUGAUGAAGAUAAAGAUGAUGAUUAUGAUGAUAAUGAUGAUGAGGUAAAGGUGCUGGUAGCGAUGGUGAAGGUGAUGAUGAUGGUGUGGAAUGUUGAAUAGGGAUGAUGAUACGAUGAUGACGAUGAUGACGGCGAGAGUGAUGAUGAUGACGAGGUGUUGGAAGCCAUUGUUUAGGUGAAAGUGAUGAAGAUGGUGAUGGUGCUUGAAUGUUAAGGAGGGAAAAUGGUGGCAGUGAUGGUUUGUAUGGCGUUUAUGAUGAUGAUUUUGGUGAUGAUAGCGAUGGUGAUGUCGUUGGUGAUGAUGAUGACGAUACCUUUAUGAAUUUAUUUACGUCCCAUUUGUUUAACAUGCGAAAACUAUCUGUACAAGACCAAUUUGUAAUCAAGCAAUGUACUUUUAUUUUCGUUACAGGAGACCAAAGCCAGAGAAAAGAUCCCAGGUGAGUUGAAGAUCUGUAGGGAAGCAGUUGAAGAUAUUAUGUUAAAAUAGUCUUUCUUUCUUUACUACCCUUGGCGUCUGGUUCUUCUCGCUAAAAUUUUUGGGUCAAGAAAAUGUGAAAUUAUCAGACUAAAAAGAGGUCACAUUUUACGAAACAGAUCUGAUAUAAAAUGAUAACGUGUUGGAGUUGACACUUUUCCUGGGGAAGUUGUUUUUGUGACCUUUUAUCAUAUUGCGUUUUCUCCUUAACAGGAAGCUUAGUUUCACUGUUUGUUAAUUCACACUCAUCGACUUGUUCAUUGACGUUGUUGAUCGUUCUUGUAUUUUUCUUGUUUCUUGUUACUCCAUAGCUUGUCCUUGUUGGUGAAAUCAGUGAAGUCAAAAACAGGACAAUUCUAUGAACAGAAAAAGAAGAGAAAAUUAAAGCAGUAAAGUUGAGGAUACAUAUCACUCAGCCCUGUUUGGUCCCCAGGGGGCCAUCGUUAGCCACGUGAUUGGUUCCCAGUUCCUCGUCUCUCAAGCUACCCAAAAUACCGGGCAAAGACCCUCUGUUGACUUCUAACGACAACGUAUCGUACAGAUUAAGAGGACUUGCUCAAACCUCUCACGCAGGAUUAUGUGCGCUUACUUUCAACACUUGGAUAAUUGGAUCGUUUUGCCAGACUCAUAUAUGAUAAAUUUUAUGUUUUCUAUUGGUAGCCACUCAUUGCUCAGCUUGUCUACCAAAACUAUCCCAGAAUGCUUAGUGCUCAAUCCCCUUAUUAUGUCUGAAUGAGCGACGAUUCUCUUUGACAUAUCGUCGACCCAGAUCCUUCAGUCGUGUAACAGAACAUCAUUUUUCGGCUACAACAGCAAUAAUUGCGUUGUCUCUGCCCGGAUAUGGACAAGGUGCAGACCUGAGAUUAAAACCGAGUCUUCAGAACACCAUUUUUUUGUGGCCUCAAAUCAAAAAGAGGAUUCAAGCAAGUCAGAAAUGCCUUGUAAUCAACAUUUGGACACUCUCUGCUUAUUGCUAAAAUCCCACGAACACUGAUUUUACUGCAGAGCUUGUAUUAGCCUAACUUCGGCUCUUUUUAUUGCAUCACAAAUGGAAUUUUAUUCAGCGC